ACCUAGGCGCACCCGUGUCGGGGCACACCGCCAUAGGCAUUCAGACAUGCACCUCGAUGUCCUGAUGUUGCGUGGUGGGCUUGCACCGUCAAGGCAGGUGGCGCAGGCGCAUGGGCCCCCCGUGGCGGGGCGGGUGGGGGUGUGGGCUGGAGGCGGACUGCACGAACCGUAUCGCCACCUGCGAUGCUACCUGGGUGCCGCCGUGUCGGGGCACACCACCACAGGCACCCAGGCAUUCCAAUCAUUGUCCUGAGGCUGCUGCGCGGGCUUGCACCGUCAAUGCAGGUUGUGCAGGCGUGUGGGCGCCGUGGAUGGGGCUGUGGGUGGGAGUAGGGGCGGGGGGCGGACAGUACGAACCGUGUCGCCACCUGCGAUGCUACCUGGGCGUGUUCGCAUCGGGGCACGCCGCCACAGGCACCCCGGCAUGCCGCUUGAUGUCUUGGGGCUGCUUGGUGGGCUUGCACCGUCAAGGCAGGUGGUGCAGGCGUAUGGGCGCCGUGGCUGGGGCGGGUGGGUGUUGGGGUGGGGGCUGGGGGCGGACAGCACGAACCGUAUCGCCACCUGCGAUGCUACCUGGGCGCCCCGGCGUCAGGGCACACCGCCACAGGCAUUCAGGCAUGCACCUCGAUGUCCUGAGGCGGCUUGUGGGCUUGCACCGUCAAGGCAGGUGGCGCAGGCGCAUGGGCCCCCCGUGGCGGGGCGGGUGGGGGUGUGGGCUGGAGGCGGACUGCACGAACCGUAUCGCCACCUGCGAUGCUACCUGGGUGCCGCCGUGUCGGGGCACACCGCCACAGGCACCCAGGCAUUCCAAUCAUUGUCCUGAGGCUGCUGCGUGGGCUUGCACCGUCAAGGCAGGUUGUGCAGGCGUGUGGGCGCCGUGGGUGGAGCUGUGGGUGAGAGUAGGGGCUGGAGGCGGACUGCACGAACCGUAUCACCACCUGCAAUGCUACCUGGGCGUUUUCACGUCAGGACACACCACCGUAGGCACCCCGGCAUGCCGCAAGAUGUCUUGAGGCUGCUGCGUGGACUUGCACCGUCAAGGCAGGUGGCGCAGGCGCAUGGGCCCCCCGUGGCCCAGGGGCUCCAUGGCGGGGCGGGUGGGGGUGUGGGCUGGGGGCGGACAGCACGAACCGUAUCACCACCUGCAAUGCUACCUGGGUGCCGCCGUGUCGGGGCACACCGCAACAGGCACCCAGGCAUUCCAAUGAAUGUCCUGAGUCUGCUGCAUGGGCUGGCACCGUCAAGGCAGGUGGCGGGCCGGGCGGCGGGGCUGGGAGGGCAUGAAUGGCUUGGUUCUGUGCUGUGUGCAUGCAAUAACUGCUGUAUGUGGCUGCAGGACCUGCGGCGGCUCUUUAGGUGGAUUACCCAGGAGGCGUGAUGUUGGUGGGGAAUAAGUAGAAUAAGUUUGGGAUCAGUGGGCUUGACACCAGGCUCGAUGUCAAGGUAGUCAAGGCUGGUGUAAAUUGGUUGGUGUAAGAGGCCUGCUUGCAGUAGUGUAGGGGAGGACCUUGAGGGUGCUGGGUGAAGGACAACAAGUCAAGGGCGGAAGCUAUCGAUCACUGGACAUGUGAGGGGACAUGUGAGGGGACAUGUAUGUGAGGGGGCGGGUGAGGGGAUUUGGGGGUAACUAGAGUAGAGUAACAGGGCAGGGGUAGCAGGGUGCAACAAGGGAUACAAGUGGGAGAGUAGUUGAAGGGGGCCCGAACACCCUCAUGCAGCUAACGCAGCCCUGAGCAUAAGAACUACUGUGAGAGACAAAUGUCUUGUAUCAAAGGAGCUGUCAUAUUGCUGUUGUGGAAAGUGUAUUGCUGUUGUGGAAAGUGUCAGGUUAGUCAGAUGCAAGAGUAAAGCAGGACUUGUGGAGCCCUUGUUUGAUAGGGGUGGACGUGCAAAAUGGUGUCUGGGCAACUGCUUGUUGAUAGUGUUGGCUGGUAAUAGUUGUAGUAGUCUGUAGGAGCUGGGGCCCAAGGCUGUGAAACCCUGUUACAUCACACAUUACAAAGGUCUUGGGAUUCACCUACACACUCCCCUGUGUGUGGCCCAAGUAGAUCUGCAGGGAGGUAUGGUAUGUUCCUGUGGCAGGAAAGUUCACACCGCUGUUCACAGCUACUCGGGCAUUUUAGUCCUGAGAGGGGCAGGAGCCAUCCCUCUAAAUGAAGAUUUGUAGCUCUUCCGUUUGUGAACUUUGGCUGAUAGCGCGAGGAGCAAAGCUCAGGUGAACCGUUGCCAGAGCCGCCAGCACUAACACUAAUGUUAACAUUGACAGCACUACGUGCGCAGUAAGCGCUGAGGUGGGUUGGUCGGCCUGGAGCCAUACAAGCCCGCUGUGAAGCGCGCUCUGAAGGCCCCAGGCCGCCACCAACGGAACAAGGCCCGUUGGCAGACGUAUCAUGAGUGAUUCAUGAGUUCGUCAGUCAUGUUUAUGUUUUCAAGAGAAUAGCGGUCAAACGAGGCAAGGGGCAAAUACUUGGUGGUGGGCGACCGAUUGCACCGGUGUCACCGAUGCUCGCCUGUGCCAAUGCCUUUGCUUACUGUAUCUAGGCUUAUAGGCUUGUUGUAAGCAGUAUCGGCA